CUCGAAGCGUAUAUAUUCUGCGUAUAGAUAUUCAUCUGAUAUUAAGGUGAUUCACGAUAUCAUAAAUUUUCAGUUGGAAUAAAGAUUUGAUGAUGGGCGAACCUCAGAUAAAAAAUUUGGAGGAAAUAAUUGGCAAGCUACUAUUAAGCAAUGAGAUCAUCAAAAAAACGGAAAUAGUGAACCUUUUGGAACCCGGAGAAAAUUAUUUGAGUGAAAUGACGAAAAUUCAGGUGUCGGUGAAAAACACAGUCACACAGGCCGAGAGAGAAAUUUACGCUAUUGGUAAAUGCGUCGCUAAGCCACCGCCGAAUGGUAGUGACUUUUUGAAAGAUUUUUCGCCAUUUUUGUUCACCAAAGAAAUGAUGUUCUACAAAGAAGUGGUCCCUGCCAUCCAGACUUUCCUGAAAAACCGUGGAGCCAGCCCUGUGGAUUAUUUCCCGGAGUUUUACGGGGGAAGGCUCAAUUUGUCCGGCGGUAGCAAAGCUGACGAAGAUGCCGUUUUGUUAUUAGAAAAUUUACAUACAAGUGGCUACCAAAACAUGCAACGACACGAAGGAUUCGACUUUGACGCUGCCAAAACAAUUUUAAAAGACCUAGCCCACUUUCAUGCAGUACCAGUAGCAAUGAAACUCCUCGAACCCGAACUGUUCCAAGAAACAAUCAAGAAAAUCUGCGACAUCAAACCACCCCCACCGGCCAAAAAACCAGAAGGCAAACCAGAUGGACCACCAGCGCUGGCGAAAGAAGUGUUGGUUGCGAUCCUAGAAGAAGACGAGAAGUGCGUACCUGCCAUACCGAGCUUCCUCGAGAUUCUGGAGGAACAGAGGAGUAUAAGCUUCGAAGAGAUGUUAAAUAUGAAACAGAGAGAACCCUUCGCCACCAUGGCGCACAUGGACAUGUGGUUAAACAACACCAUGCAGAAGCUAGACCACAAGAACAGACCCAUCAAAAACAAAUUCGUCGAUUUCCAGGUGUUGUCUUACGCCAGCCCUGCCAUAGAUCUACUUUUCCUUUUAAUCACCAGCGUGCAAACUUCUGUUUUGGAGACCCAUUUCGACUACCUGCUGGAGUACUACCAUGAUAACUUCACGAAAGUUCUAAGGGAGUUGGGAUGCGACUUAGCGCCUUUCAGUUACGAAAACUUCUUGGAGGAAGUGAAGGCGGUGAUCCCUGUUUCGAUUGUGCACGGUUCGUCUUUCUCGCUGAUCAUAGUUUUCGGGAAGAAGGGAGUGGCUGCUGAUCCAACUCAGGCUGAUAAGAUGGGCAAAGACGAUCUCGAUCCGAAGGCUCGCGAGAAAUUCAGAUUUAUUGUUCAUGAAGCGUAUAAAAGGGGGUGGAUGCCGCAAAGCUGA